GUUAACGUCCCUCAGCUGACAGUUUCUGGCUGUGUUGCUCGUGGUGAGAAUGGGGAAGACCCCCCCUUGGCAGCUCUGAAGUACACAGUGCGGGUCCCCUCACGUGUGAUGUCCUCAGAGCUGGAAGUUUGAACCUUUGACCACCUUUGUGAUUGCUGCAUCCUCACCUCCCCUGGAAGCCCACUUCCCGGUGCGGUCACACCAGGUCAGGGCUUCAAUGCAGGAGCCUGGGGGACACAGUUCAGGCCGUCGCAGCUGGUAGGGAAGAGCUCGGGUGGCUUCUGGGUAGGCUUCCUGAGGUGUCCUCUGUGGGAUGUAGUGUUUGGUGUGUGCCUGGGGCAGACUGGUCCUAAGGUGAUGGCGUGAUGGUAGCUCAUAUUUCUGAGCAUCUGCUCUGUGCCCAUUUUCUGUUCUCAACCCCAAAUGAAUCCGCGGGAGGUGCCCCCAGUCAUCCCCAGUGCCUGUAAUGUCCUGUGCCUUCUCAGGCAGCCCUCCCCUAGGACCUUCAGGGCUGGCAGGUGGCGUCUGACAGGGUGCCGCUGUGCCCUGGGCUCCCCGGCCCCCAUGGAGGUCCUGUGCCCCCAGCCCGUGAAGCAGGAGGGCCUGGCCGCUGAGGGCCUGACCCUGGACUCGCCAUGGCACCGCUUUCGGCACUUCCACCUGGGUGAUGCGCCGGGCCCCCGCGAGGCGCUGGGCCGGCUGCGCGCCCUGUGCCGGGACUGGCUGCGGCCCGAGGUGCACACCAAGGAGCAGAUGCUGGAGCUGCUGGUGCUGGAGCAGUUCCUGGGCGCGCUGCCCCCUGACACCCAGGCCUGGGUGUGCAGCCGGCGGCCCCAGAGCGGGGAGGAGGCCGUGGCCCUGCUGGAGGAGCUCUGGGGAUCGGCAAUGAGGGCGCCUCGUGAUGGGGCAGAAGGCCCUGGGGUCAGCGCUGGAGAGGAGGGCGAUGGGUUGAUGCCCAUAGGAGACGCGGCCCCCAGGGCUGAGGUGCCGGCCGCAGCGGACCAGGCCGCGCGCCCCUACAAGCAGGAGCCGGGCAGCCCCCCGCCCGCGCCAUCCGCCUUCUUGGCGGCCCCGGGCGCCGCGUCCUGCCCCGAGUGCGGCCAGGCCGCCCUGAAGCCGGCGCACCUGCUGCGCCACCGGCAGAGCCACUCGGGCGAGAAGCCGCACGCCUGCCCCGAGUGCGGCAAGGCCUUCCGGCGCAAGGAGCACCUGCGGCGCCACCGCGGCACGCACCCCGGGGGCCUUGGGCCGGCCCUGCGCCCGCUGCCCGCCCGCGAGAAGCCGCACGCCUGCUGCGAGUGCGGCAAGACCUUCUACUGGCGCGAGCACCUGGUGCGCCACCGCAAGACGCACUCGGGCGCGCGGCCCUUCGCCUGCUGGCAGUGCGGCAAGGGCUUCGGGCGCCGCGAGCACGUGCUGCGCCACCAGCGCACCCACGGCCGGGCAGCGGGCGGCGCGGGCGGCGCAGCCUCGGGCACGGCGGGCGGCAGCCCCUUCCCGCCCUGGCCGCUGGGAUAGCCGCACGCCCCGGGCGCCCCAGCCCGCCCUGCGCCGCCUCUCGGCUCUGUCCCCCAGACGCACCACCCACCUUCGGGCCCUGCCCUUGUCUGAACUUGCUGAAGCCACACUGUCUGGCCUCCCCGUUUGGCUCUCACCUGUGACCCCCCAGUGCCCGCCCUGCCCCCCACCCGCCCCUUCCUCCUCGCAGAGAAGGGCGGGGGCGUUGCCAGGCCAGCUGGAGCUCGGAAGAGGCGCUGGUAGGAGCUGCAGGCACCCCCGUUCCUGAGGAGGCUGAAGGAAGGGGUCUGGAUCUUGCCCCUAGGAGACCUGGACAGACUGGGGGUGGGCAGGUUGACAGUCCUGACAGGGUGGACUCGGGGACCUGGCACCGGGCUCCUUGGCCUUGUGCCUCUCUGCGACCCAGGAAGGCAUGAGAUGGCCAGAGAUGCCUGUUUGUGGGAAGCGGAGCGGAGACGAUUCACCAGCAUCUGGAGAGUAAUAAAGGCACUGAUGAGGUGUGCGGA